AUGCAUUUUUUUCAGUCUCAAAUCCAUAUUAACAAUGGUGCUAUCACAAAUCCUCCUAUUCUUUCUCCAUAUUCUUCUUCAACUCCUUAUAGCCAAAAAGCAUCAGAACCAGCUCCAAUUUCUUCAUCUGGAAACAAAAUAAGUCCUGCAAUUCUCUUUAUCAUAGUUAUAUUAGCUAUUAUAUUUUUCAUUCUAGGUUUUCUUCACUUGCUUGUUAGGUUUCUCAUAAAGCAUAGAUCUUCUAGCUCUUCAUCAAUUUCUCAAUCAAAUAGGUUUCCUGAAAUGUCUGAAUCUGAUGCAUAUCAAAGACAGUUGCAGCAGCUUUUCAAUCUUCAUGAUUCAGGUUUGGAUCAAGCAUUCAUUGAUGCUCUUCCUGUUUUCAUUUACAAAGAGAUUGUAGGUUUGAAAGAGCCUUUUGAUUGUGCUGUUUGUCUAAGUGAGUUUUUGGAACAAGAUAAACUUAGAUUGUUACCUAAUUGUAAUCAUGCUUUUCAUAUUAACUGCAUAGAUACAUGGUUAUUGUCAAAUUCAACUUGUCCUUUAUGUAGAGGGACACUUUAUGCUCAAGGGUUUUCGUUAGAGAAAAAUCCUGUUUUUGAGUUUGAGGAUCAAAGGGAUGAAGAUUGUGUUAUAGGUAUUGGUUCAGUUAACAAGAAUAUGGAAAACCAUAUAAUGAAUAGGAAAAGGGUUUUUUCUGUUAGGCUUGGAAAGUUUAGAAGUUCAAAUAAUGGAGAAGGGGUUGAGAAAAGUGAAGGAGAGAGUAGUAGCUGUAAUUUCGAUGUUAGGAGAUGCUACUCAAUGGGAUCUUUUCAGUAUGUUGUUUGUGAUUCAGAUUUGCAAGUUGCUUUGAGACAUUCUAAAGGUGAUGGAAGUAUCAGACGAUUGAAGGGAAUUAGAGAAAUUCAUGAUGAGGGUUUUUCCAAUGAUGGAGAUAUUGAAGGCAAGAAAAUCAACAUUGCGAGGAAAGGUGAAAGUUUUUCUGUUUCAAAGAUUUGGCAAUGGUCUAAGAAAGAUAAUAAGAUACCAAGUUCAUCAGAUACACAUUUUCAUAAUUGUGUUGUUGUCGAUGAAAAUUUGCCAUGGAUGAGUAAAGUUAGAGGUACAUGA